AUGAAAGGCUGCCAGCGGGCGCCGCCGCGGCCUGGACGAGCUGUAAAGCGGCCGCCCAGACGCGGGCUGGCACUGUGCGCGCUGCCCGCCGCGCCCGGCCACUGUGCGGGCGGGAUCCGCGUCGUAACUCGGCCGCCUCUGCCCGGCCACGCACGCGACUCCAACGUGGUACGUGUGUCGGUCAAUGUUGAGGCGCAGAAAAAAGUAACCUUCAACAUGACGUACGACGAGCUGUUGCAGAGAGAACCCGUAGAUGACCUGGCGGUGGAGGUGCGCAUGCAGGAGCAGGCGCCACUGCUGCUGGUGGAGGUGCCCACGCUGCAGGAGAGCAACGAGGUGCUAGACUGGCCGGGCAAUGUCACGGACCCCCUGGCGCGCAUCGAAAGUCCGACGUCGUCGUCUGCCAUCGUUCGCUGGGCGCCCACCAGGGAGGAGCAGCAGCAGCGGGGCAACAGAGGUGUCUCCGGGCAGCUGGUGGUGCGCUACGACGUGGACCGCGACGCCAGCCCCAGCCAGGUACUCGUGAGCAAUGACGGCUACUUCGUGCACUUUUACGCGCCUGCCGGCCUGCCGCCGCUUCCAAAGCACGACGUCUUCGUGCUCGACGUCAGCGGCUCGAUGCGCGGCCGCAAGAUCGAGCAGCUGAAGACGGCCAUGAGCACCAUCCUGGACCAGCUCAACGCCGGCGAUCUCUUCUCCCUGAUCCCGUUUUCUUCUGCAGUGCAGGUAUGGCAUCCAGACGUGCCACUCAGGUUUCACUCUACGUGGGAGGAGAAUCUGAACUCAGAGUUCAACUCCAGCGCCAUUGUCGAAGCCACAAGCGAGAUCAUUGCCAAGGCCAAACGCAGCUUUAACUCCUUUGCAGCGAAUGGAGGCACGUACAUGUUCAGUGCACUGAAGACAGCGCUGCGCGUGUCAAAAAAGAGGGUGGCCAGUGGGGGCGGCAGCCUGGGCAUGGGGCGGCGUCGUCACGCGCCCAUGGUGGUGCUGCUGACAGAUGGCGAGGCCAACGGAAGCUACCUGCGCCGCCUCGCGCUGCGCAACAGCGGCAUCAGCCGCAGGACCUACGAGGCCGCCGGCGCCCACCAGCAGCUGCGCAACUUCUACAGACAGAUCGCCUCGCCGCUCCUCACUGACGUCAAGUUCAACUACGAUGGUCAGCAGGUGGACGAGGACACGCUGACGAGGGCGAGAUUCCCCACGCUUUUCAGCGGCGCGGAGCUGGUAGUGGCGGGUCGCCGAUUCCCCGGUGUCAGACGUUUGUUCUGUCGCGUGACGAGCAGGGCUGGCCGUGCUAGGGACGCGGUGCCACAGCCAGCGGUGGCCAACGUGACGUCAGCGGAGUGGCUGUGGGCCUACCUGUCGGGGCGGCAGAUGCUGGAGCAGGACGCGCCCAACGACACUGUCCGCGCCAGGGCCAAGGACAUCGCUCUCAGGACGGAUGGCACCUUCCAAAAUUGCACCACGCCGACUGGCACGACGGGCGUCUGCCGACACAUUGCCGCCUGCUUACUGCGUGACUUCCAGGAGAAGCUGGACGUCUUCCUUUCGGGUUACCUGUGCAUCAUCAAGGGCGGGUAA